AUGAGUAAUAAGAAGGCAUGGAUAAAACUAAAGCCCCACUCUCGACUGGUUCGUGAACUGCGUUAUCCCGAGGUGAAGUUAUACCUCGCGGAAAAUGGGCUGCCCUUUAAGGUCCUCCUCUUGAUGGACUGUGCAGGAGGACAUGCAACGGACCUGCAUUACGAUGGGAUUCAAGUGGAGUUCCUGCCGCCCAACACCACUUCCCUCAUCCAACCAAUGGAUCAGGGGGUCAUUCGGGCCUUCAAGGCCCUCUACACGAGGUCCACGAUGGAGGGCCUCAUCUCCUCCAUCGACGAAGGCGACGAUGACUUCAGCCUCAAGAAAUAUUGGCGGGAGUACAACAUUGCGACGUGCCUGGCCAACAUUCAGAACGCUCUUAAGGAGAUGAAACAGCAAACACUGAAUGCAAGUUGGAGAAAAUUGUGGCCAGACGUCGUUCAUGACUAUGAGGGAUUUACGCCAGACGAAGUUGUUCACUCCGCCGUAGAUAAGGCUGUGAGGCUGGCGCGGUUGGUAGCCAACGAAGGUUUCUCCGACAUGACGGCAGAAGACGUCGACUCACUGAUCGACUGCCACUCAGAGCCCCUAACCUACGAGGACCUCGUCGAAAUGACAAGAUCGGCGAGUGAGGAAGAAGAAGAGGCAGCCGACGAUGACGAACCUGAGCAACGUGGCCUUACAUUGGAAAAUCUGCAAGAGCUCUGCAACAUGGCACGGGCUAUGCAACAAAGGGCGCAAGAAAUCGAUGACAACAUGGUCAGAGCCAUCAAAUUCAGUAACCGUAUUGACGGUGGUUAUGGCGUUGUACAAGGGCAUUUUUUUUUGCUCAGAUGA